AUGCAUUACACUUCUUCGGCCGGCGCCCCUCCUCGCUCGGCGCCGCUCCGGCCGCCGCUGCCCGACACAAGCGGGGAAGAGCCAACAGAACGCGACCUGGCUGUCACGCCGGGCACGGACCCAAGCGGCACCCCCGUCCCAGCGCAUCGCAUCGCCCGCCCGGGCCGCGUCUCCCCGACCACCUCCCGCCCGGCGCCGUCGACCGCAAGGCUCCCGCCCCCGGAACACACCGCGAACCCGCCCGCACAGUGGCUCGGGCCCGGUCAGACGCAGGGGGCCCACGGCCGGACACUACUGCCCGCCGCCCCGCUCCCAGCGCCCCCCCCGGCCCGGCUCACCGGCGCUCCUCAGCCCGCGGGGCGGCAGCAGCACCAGCUCCACGUCCGCUCCCCACGGCCGCCGCCACACACUGACAGCGCCGCCGGCCCGCGCAAGCGCUCUACCCUCUCGGGCCCCGCCCCCACCCCCGACCAGCCCACCCGUGCCCCGCCCAUCUCCGCGCCGCCCAAUCCCGGCCCGCUCUAUCCCUCCGGCCACGCCCCAUCCCGUCCAUCUCCGCGCCGCCCAAUCGCGGCCCGCCCUUUCACUCCGGCCCCGCUGAACCCGCUCCGGGAGAGCCGACCCGCAAGGAGUCGCGGUUUCCGGGGGCUUGAACGGGAACCGGGGCCGGCCUCGCUGCGGAGCCCCUGCCCGCUCUCCCCGGCACACCGACAGCGGCUGCCGGGGCUACUGCAGCGGGGCCGCGACCCCUCGAGUCUCCCGGCAGCGGCCCCCGCGGCUGCGCGGGGCACAAGCUGGGCUCCGGGUCCCGGCAGCCAUGCCCUUGUCUCCCUCCCGGGCACGGAGCCGGGGCCCGGCGGGGCGGCGAAGCGCGCCGAGGGACCGGGAGCGGCAGCACCGAGCCCAGCUCCGGCUGAUGGACGCUCCAGCCCCGCAUGGCUGCAGCUGCAGCUCCAGCCCCGUGUGAUUUCGGCUCCCGAUGCCGCCCGCUCCAGCUCCGGCUCCUCCACGCUCCGGCCGAUGGACGUCCCACCUCGUCCCACCCCUGCCCGCUCCGGCCGAGAGACGCUCCUGCUCCUGACAGCCCCGGGGGCUUUUGUCCAGCUCCGGCCCAGCCGAGACACCGGACGUUCCCGUUUCUCACAGCUCCAGCCCUACAGCUCCUCCCAGCUCUGCCCAAUGGACGCUCGAGCCCUGCGUGAGCUCCUGCUGCUUCCAGCUCCAGGCGCCGGAUGCUCGGCUGGUUCCCCUCCUGCUGAUGGGCCCCCAGCUCGGAGUCAGAGCUGCUCCCCAGCUCUGGGGGCUGGUGAUGAGGUCGUAAAUCAAUCACUGUCAUCGCUCAAGUACCACCCCUGUCUGCCCCUUGAAUAAAGCCUCGGUGCCCCCAUUUUUGCCCAGAGACUAUCUCAGACGUUGAGUUCGGCCUGGUGCAUG